CCUGCCUCCUCCGCAGAAGUCAGAAUUUUUGAAAAGUUUCCAGGGCGGGAUCCAGUGUUGUUGUUGCUGGGAGAGUGGAUCCCCGUUACCCCGAACUUUACUCUCAGGGACGGCGAGUGAAGGGUGCUGUCGUCCACCUCUUGUUCUGUCCUUUGGCAGCUGAGAGUGGCGCUAGAAAAAGGAUCUGAGCUACUGCUCUUCGCUCCUUUGUGCUAAAGGCUGGAGCUGGUCGCCAUAGGCUUGGGAGCAGGUCGCGGAGAGGUUUGAGGUCCUGUUCUGUGGAUAUAUGAAGAUGGCAAGUAAAAAACUGAGAAGAGCAGGGUUACCACGAGAUCUUUGUGAGAGACUGAGUCGACAUCAGAUCAUCACCUGUCGGGACUUCUUGUGUCUUUCGCUACUGGAGCUGAUGAAAGUGACUGGACAGAGUUACCAGAAUGUGAAGAAGCUUCUUCACACAGUCAGUCAAUCCUGUGCCCCCAGAAUGCAAACUGUCUAUGAAAUGAAAAUAAAAAGAGCCAUUGAUCGAACAACAGCAUUCUUGCCCACAACACUAGAAGAUUUGGAUAAAAUCUUGCAUGGUGGAAUUGCCUGUGGAUCUCUUACAGAGGUAACAGGCCCAUCAGGUUGUGGGAAAACUCAGUUUUGUAUUAUGUUGAGCUUGCUGACCACAUUGCCCUCUAGCAUGGGAGGAUUGGAUGGGGCUGUUAUAUAUAUUGACACAGAAUCUGCAUUCAGUGCUGAAAGGCUUAUAGAGAUUGCACAGCACCGUUUCCCUCAUUAUUUUGCCACAAAAGAAAAACUUACUUCAAUGCCUAGCAGCAUUCAUGUUUAUCGGGAGCUCACCUGCAACAGUGUACUUAAAAGGAUUGAAUCUUUGGAAGAAGAAAUUAUUUCAAAGAAUGUCAAGUUAUUAGUCAUAGAUUCUGUUGCUUCAGUUGUCAGAAAAGAGUUUGAUACAAAACUUCAUGGCAAUUUGCUGGAAAGAAGCAAUUUAUUGGCUAGAGAAGCAUCAAUAUUGAAGUACUUGGCUGAAGAAUUUUCAAUACCAGUCAUCUUGACGAAUCAGAUUACCACGUGGCUGAGCAAUGGCCUUGCUGUUCAGGCAGACCCACUGUCUCUGGCUGAUGACUUUUCCCUUUCUGAAGGUUGUUCCGGAAAAGGAAAUGAGGAAUCUGGCUAUGUGAUUGCAGCACUGGGAAAUACAUGGAGUCACAGUGUGAAUACAAGACUCAUCCUGCAGUAUCUUGAUUCACAAACUAGACAGCUUCUGAUAGCCAAGUCCCCAGUUGCUCCAUUCACAUCUUUCCUAUACACGAUUGAAAAUUCUGGUUUGGUCCUGCAAGAUCAAAAGGACCAGUCGUAUUUUUGGGAAGGAACCAGUCCUGCACUACAAGCAAUAAAAGUUUCACCGUAAAAUCUCCAGGUAUUUCCCAACCCUGAGCUGGCAGGCAUAUGUGGCAGCUACCUGACUAUAGAGAUCUCUCCCGGAAUGGUUUACCUACCAGCUAAUCUUUGCAGGUUUGGGGGGAAAGGUGUGAGAUGAUGAUGUUCCAGAGAGAUUUAAGAACUGAACUGAAUGUUACUAUGUGAUAUGGUAUUUUGAAUUUUGAUGCAGUUGUUGGGAUAAUCCCAUUUUUGUUUGAUGGCUGCUUUGCUUUAUUAAAGAAAGGUAACAAAUUAGAUGUUUUAAUUUUAAAAAGAGUUUGUGACGCACAGCCUAAGAGGUUGAAUAGCUUAUGACAAUAAAUGUGCUUUUGAGUGACAAAGAGGAUACCUGUUAAUGUCUUAUCCUGUAUUUGAGCCAGGUGUAUUCAAUAUGUUUUUAUACAACUAUUAUAUGAAGUAUAUGCUUAAUAAAGAAAGAAGAUUGUGAAUUUGAAAACAUCUUUGUUUGAGUUCAUACAUAAAUUAUUAACUCCUAUAUGGAUUGGAUGAGGACAGUCCCCUGUAUGGGAAGAUCAAUUAAUAUUACCUUUCAUUGCACUUAUUCUUUUUCUGUUUGUAAGUAUUUCUGUCUGAGCUCCUCUAUCAGUUGGAGAGGAUAUGAUGGGAAGCCUCUGAUGGCUGCACCCUCACCUCCAGUACAUGGAAAAACAAACAUGGCCAUUCUUCUGUUUGUUGUUUUAGUGCCGGGCGCUCCUUCCAUAACAAAUCCAUUUCCCUCCAGGCAGCAGGCUAAGACCUGUUUGCUUAUUCUGUCAAGGAAAAGGAGGCUUCACAAGGGGCAGAAACUUCCAGCUUUUAUAUCCUGUUGAUAACAGAAAAAGAAGAGAAGGAGGAUCCUUCCCAUGUCUGGUCCACCUUUUGUUAGUCUAUUGUGGCUUUUUGAAUGCUUGCACAUUA